AUGGCAGGGUCUGGCAAUGCUUUGGUUCUCUACAUCCUGGUCUGCUGCCUGUGCCAAGUGGUGCAGCCCACGGGCAUCCCCUCCUGUGGGACACCCACCCAGAGCCACCCUGACCCAGCGGGUAUUGGCACAGGUGCUGCAAACAUCAAGUGCUCAGGGCACGUCUGGGUCGACCCCGCGCCUGUAGUGCAGAUGGGCUCCAACAUCUCCAUCAACUGCCUCUCCACCCUCGGCUGCCCCUCAGCCAAGUUCAUCAUCCUCCUCAACUACAACCGCACUGAGGGUCCCCUGCACCCCCUCAACAGCAGCUCCGUCCAGCUCCAGCUGCACGAUUUCCGGCUGCCCUUCGGGGCCAUUGUCUGCUUUGCCCGCUGCCCCAGCAGCGGGAGGGACCAGCUGGUGUGUGGCACUGAGGUCCGGGCCGGCUACCCUCCAGACCCCCCCAGCAACCUGAGCUGUGUCAUUGCCGAGGGCUCGGAGCACCUGGAGUGCAGGUGGGAUGCAGGGAGGCCGCCCCACCUGCUCACCCACCACACCCUCCACCUGCGCAGGUUGGUGGCAGAAGAUGAGGAGGAUGCUGAGGAGGAGGAAGAAGAGGAGAAGGUGUUCCCUGCAGACUCGCCAGUGCCCCUGAGUGCGCUGUGCAACAGGAGCCACUAUUCGGUGUGGGUGCAGGCCAGGAAUGCACUGGGCACUGCCCACUCGGCCCCACAGCUCCUCAGCCUGCAGGACAUUGUAAUCCCCACUCUACCCCUGGUCACUGGUGCUGAGACAACAGAGGAAUCCUCUCCCACCACCACGAUCCACUGGAGCAGUCAGACAGAGCUGGAGAACGUGCACUGCGAAGAGCGACACCAAGCCAAGGGCACUCCAGCAUGGCAUGUGGAGGUGUGGGACAGUGCAGCACAGGAUGGGCCCCGCUGGCAGCACAACCUGCAAAGUGACACCCAGUACCUGUUCCAGGUCAGGUGCAGGCUCAGCAUCCCCAACAGUCCCUGGAGUGCCUGGAGCCCCCCCUUUCUCUACACCACCCCCGAGGCAGCCCCCGCCGCGGCUCCCGACGUCUGGCGGCGCCUGGGCCCGGCGUUCCCCAACGGCAGCCACGAGGUGACGGUCUUGAUCAAGCCGCUGCCCCCCCGGGACGCCCGCGGGAGGAUCCUGGGCUAUGCCGUGGCUGCCGAGACCCCCGGAGGAAUGCUGGUCCUCUGCAACACCUCCAGCACGGAGUGCGAUAUCACUGUGCAACCGGGAACCCACACUCUCCUCAUCACUGCUCACAACUCCAAGGGGGCUUCCAGCCCCGCCAGGAUCACCCUUGGCCAGGGUGCCAGCAGCCAGGAAGAAUUCCCAGCACCAGUGGCUCUGGAGGUCAAGCCCGACAACCAGAGCAGGGUCUUGGUUCACUGGCAGCCCCCCCAGCACAGCAAGAGCCCCCCACUCUGGUUCAUAGUGGAGUGGGUUUCCACCUCCCAGUAUCACCAGGAGGAGCACUAUUUUUGGAAGAAAGUCCCAUCCCAAGAAACACACACAUACAUCCAAGAAGAGGCAGCAGCUGGGUUUCGCAUCAAUGUGUCGGUGUACGCGGUCUACACCGGCGGAGUCAGCAAACCCAGCUCUGGCAAAGUCCCUCCAGAGGAGCCGCUCCUGGACAGCAUCUACAGUGAGAAUCCCCACGAUGAUGACAUCAGAGUUUUCCUGGGACUGGGCAUCAGCAUGGUCAUAUUAUCAGUUGGUUUUGCAAUUCUGAUGUUUAAAAAAUCAGUCAGAAAAAGUAUUAAAGUCACCACUGUGCAGCUUUUGCCAAAAUGGCUGUUUGAAGAGUUUCCCCACAUGGAAAACAGCAACGUGGUAAAGUCCCUCCAGAACAAGAGUGAUUUAACGAGUGACAGUUUCCAGGAUCCACUCCUGGACACCAGCGACCCCACAGUUAUGGAAGUCGAGGAGGUGCCGGCGCAUGAGGCACACGAGAGUGUGGCCACCCCAUGGAAGCCCAGCAGAGAGGUCACUGAGGAUGGGGAGAAUCCAGGGGCCGUGGCUCCUGCCAGCACCACAAUCCUGGAGCAGAUCAGUGACUACAAACCCCAGAUAUCCAAUGGGAACACACUGGGAUACAUCGCUGCCAACAUUUACCAGACGCAGCCCCCCACAGUCCUCCCAGAACCAGAGAUGAGCAUCUUUGGAGACUACACAAGCCCUGUUCCACACCUGUGGGAUGGGGAGGGAGGGGCACCCCAAGUCUGUCUGCUGGAGAAGAUCAACCUCAUCCUAAACAACAGUCGGAGCGGGCAAAGCCAGAUGUUUGUCCCAGCCCAGGGGGGACACGCGUCCCUCCCAGAGAACCAGUGGGGACAGAGGCUGCCCAGCCAUGACCAAGAGCAAAUGCUGAUCCCCAAGGAGCUACUCUCCUGCCUCAGAUCCAUGAACAGGGAGUCAGUGGAUAUAAAGCCCUACUUUCCACAAAGCACUGGAGGGUUAUUUUGAGAGGAAUUGUACUUGUGGUUAAAACCCCAUAAGUGGUGACCAAGGCAGGUAUCAGAUAUUUGAGAUCACCAACAGCAGAGCUGGAGCAAAACUCCCAGUCAGAAAUUUGCCCUCUUGCUCACUACAAGUUCUUGUGGCUCCCUGGAAAACUUGGGCCAGUAAAUCACAAUUUUAAACUUAUCUUGUAUUGACACAAGCAAA